AACGGCUCCAUGUCGUCACCGCACCAACCGGCUUCUUCCCUACCCAUUCAUAGCCAACAAAAGAUGGCCAGCUUCGCCUCCCCUCCCACACCAGCCAUGGCCCAACCGGCAGCACCAGCAGCUCCACCGAUGAGUUCACCAGAGCGCGCCACCGCCACCGAGAGUUCACCGGAAGACGCCCUAUCCGGAGAGAGCCUCAAGGACUUCAUAUCCUCGCUCCCGUCAAGGGAGGGGUGGCCGCAGACGCUCAUCCAGUACAAGGGCUACUGGUUCAAGCCGGGGAUGCUGGAGGGGGUCCUGCGCACCAGACGAGCCUUCCUGCCCCGCGCAGACGACGUCGUCCUUGCCACGCAGCCCAAGUGCGGCACCACCUGGCUCAAGGCCCUCGCCUUCACCGUCGCCACGCGGUCCCGCCACGGCCUCGGCGCCGCCGACCACCCGCUCCUCACCCGCCACGCACAGCACCUCGUGCCGUUCAUCGAGAUCCCCGGCGCUGGCGGGGGACACGUCGACACCGACACGCUCCCGUCCCCGAGGCUCCUCGCAACGCACAUGCCCAUGUCGCUGCUCAGGCCGGAGACGCGGUCGCUGGGCUGCCGGGUCGUGUACCUGUGCCGGGACCCCAAGGACACGCUCGUCUCCAGGCUGCACUUCGAGAACAAGCUGGUGGCGCGGGCCGGCGGCGCCGGCCUGUCCAUGGACGACGCCUACGACAUGUUCUGCGAGGGGUUCUCGCCCUACGGCCCCUUCUGGGACCACUGCCUGGAGUACUGGGAGGAGAGCGUGGCCAGGCCGGACACCGUCCUCUUCCUCAAGUACGAGGAGAUCAAGCUGGACCCGGCGCAGGUCGUGAGGAGGCUCGCGAGCUUCCUCGGCAUCCCGCUAACCGAGGAGGAGGAGGGCUCCAGCGUGGCGGAGGAGGUGGCGAGGAUGUGCAGCUUCGAGACGCUCACCGGCCUGGAGGUGAACCACGUCGGCGGCGUCAGCCACAGGAAUAAGGUUCACGUUGAUAACUCCGUGUUCUAUAGAAAGGGAGAGGUUGGGGACUGGGCGAACCACAUGAGCCGCGAGAUGGGGGAGAAGCUCGACCGCAUCGUCCAGGAGAAGCUCCAGGGCUCCGGGCUCGUGUUUUGAGCAAGAGCCAUUUGUCAUGUGUUCUGUUGUGCUUUCCACUCUGCUGCUCUAUGUUGAUUGUGGUUUAAUUUCGGGAAUAAGAAUUAAACAGUCAAGCAUAUGGCCUCAUCAUAGGCUGGGAUAUCGAUUCAUUCACAGCUAGCUGCUGUGCAGCUGUGAUUUUAGUGGUUGUAUUUGUCUGAAAGAACGUAAACUGUAUAUUUACACACUGCGAUAAAUGCUUCUGGGAUAGCAGGUGCAGGUUUACAGUGCGAUAAAGUUAUGUGCCGCAUAAUCCUAUUAUUGUAUCAGUUUGUUCAUUGAGGGGACAAAAUUAGCACAAAAUGCUGAUUUCUUCAACUACAGUUUGAUAGGGAGGUGCUAGGUCAAAAGAUUAUCUGAGAAAAUCAAAAACCUGAUCCCAGUGCGUACGUGGUGCAAGAAGAUUA